CCGGAGCCGGAGCCGGAGCCGGCUCGAACCCCGGCCCCCGCGGGCGGGCGCCGCGGGCAUGUCGGAGGCGCGGAAAGGGCCGGACGAGGCGGACGAGAGCCGGUACGACUCGGGGAUCGAGUCUCUGCGCUCCCUGCGCUCCCUGCCCGAGCCCGCGGCCCUCGCCCCCAGGCCCUCGGAUGGCGGCGGCCCCCAGCCCUGGACCCCACCCCGGGGAGGCGCCGAGGGGCCGGAGGAGAAGGAAGACGCGGAUGGGGAGCGGGCCGACUCCACCUACGGCUCCUCCUCGAUCACGGGGCCCCUGCCCCUCCUGGGGGGCCUCGAGGCCGAAGACCCUGCCCCCUGCUCGCCGCUCGUCCCCCCGGGGAGUCUGAACGCUCAGCAGCUGGAAGCGCUCACUUACAUCUCCGAGGAAGGUGACACGCUGGUCCACCUGGCAGUGAUUCACGAGGCCCAAGCCAUGCUGCUCUACUGCCUUGCAGCGCUGCCCCAGGAGGUCCUGGACAUUCAGAACAACCUCUACCAGACAGCGCUCCACCUGGCGGUGCACCUGGAUCAGCCCCGAGCAGUCCAGGCUCUGGUGCUGAAGGGGGCCAGUCGGGUGCUUCAGGACCUGCACGGAGACACAGCCCUGCACAUGGCCUGCCAGCGCCAGCACCUGGCCUGCGCCCGAUGCCUGCUAGAGGGGCGGCCGGAGCCAGGCCGAGCCCAGCCUCACUCCCUGGACCUCCAGCUGCAAAACUGGCAAGGUCUGGCCUGUCUUCACAUUGCCACCCUACAGAGGAGCCGGCCGCUGAUGGAGCUGCUGCUUCGGAAUGGAGCUGACAUUGAUGCUCAGGAGGGCACCAGUGGGAAGACGGCGCUGCACCUGGCGGUGGAAACCCAGGAGCGGAGCCUGGUGCAGUUCCUGCUCCGGGCCGGGGCCCGAGUGGACGCCCGCAUGCUCAAUGGGUGCACCCCCCUGCACCUCGCAGCAGGCCGGGGCCUCAGCAGCAUCUCAUCCACGCUGUGUGAGGCAGGAGCCGACUCCCUGCUGCGGAAUGUCGAGGACGAGACGCCUCAGGACCUGGCUGAGGAUCCCCUGGCUCUCCUGCCCUUUGAUGACCUGAAGAUCUCGGGGAAGCCGCUGCUGUGUGGCGACUGAAGCCCCGCCGGGGUCUGGGGCCCAGGGCGCCUCCUGUUCCCACCUGGAAGCUGGAGCUGCUGCUGCUGCUGCAGUUUGGGCCUGCACCAUGUGCCAUGCUGGGGCCCUGGGGACUGCUGGUCCCAGCCUGGGGCCAGUACAGCCCUGAGCUGAGCGGAGGGAUCAAGAAGUAAGAAGAACCAGUCUAGAAGGAAGAGCUUUCCCAAUGGAUGGAGAUUCUUGGAAGGCCGCUCCGCCCCCGGGGGCUCCUGGGCGAAGCCUGUUUGUCCCCUGGGAAAGGGGCCGAGGGGCCUUUUCAACUGAUGUUCGUUGAGCUUGAACUGACCAACAAGUGUGAAAACGUGGACUCGCCCAAGUUCAAGGAGAGGCUGUAAUGUGAACAGGGGCCCCAUCUUCCUGCUGUUGAGGGCUCUCAAAGACUGCUGUUACGGAGUUCAUGCCAAAGGCUCUGCCUGACACGAGCCUUUGAGGAGGGAACAUUUCAGUAACAAGACACUAAAAUGGCAGAAAUUUUUA